AUGGCGAAGAUGAAGAAGAAGAAGAAGAAGAUGAAUGGCGCUGACAUGCGCCUUCUUCUCGUACAGAGGGUGCACGCGGCGCCUGACGUGCCGACCAUCUCGCUGGCGGGCGAGCUGCGCCAUGAGGACGUGGACGCGUUGAACCGGCUGUCCACCAAGGAGCUGAAGAUGUUGCGUAACGUCAGCCAGAGCGGCUGGGUCGACUACGAGCCUGUCCCGCCGGAGGGCCGCCCCGUCGACCAGCUCAGCAUCACUGGCAUGUCACUCGUCUGUAACCCCGGGGCGUUCUGGCUACGUCGGGCCAUCUGGCUGGUGAUCAUCAUCUGCCUGAUGGUGUGGCUGUGCCUGCAGCUGAAGGUGUGCGUGGACCGGCUGUCGGCCGGCGGCACCGUGCGCGCCUGGUCCCGCCGCAAUCUGGUCGACAUCCCCGUGCCGGCCAUCACCGUCUGCCACGGCAACGUCUUCAAGAAGAGCGUGGUGCUGCGCCACCAGCUGGACGGCUUCAACUGGCAGGCAUGGCGCCAGCAGGGCUACAGAACGCUCAACUGGUCGACCUUCGACGGACUCGACAACUUCUACCGCGCAGCCGCCUACAGCUGGGCGGAUGUGGUGCUCAUCUGUACGGUAGACGGACGGCCGUGCAGUGAGAUCGGCACCUUCCGCACGUCGCACACGCUACUCAACGGCCUCUGCACCACCCUCAACACCAACGUCACCGUCGGCAGGCGGAUGGUGGGCGGCCAGAUCACCCUGGUGAUGCGCGAGCGCGAACAGCUCGACGACUUCGAGCACAGCGGCUGGACGGUGUUCCUGCACACGCAGGAGGUCCACUACAACGACUUCGCCUUCUUCUCCGGCCAGGCGGUAACACUCAAAGUCUACGGCAACCGCAUGCACCAGAUGAAAAUCUUCCGCAAGAUCACCCAAGCGCUACCCCACGGCUCGGGGCGUGGCUGCAACGCGUCGGACAACUCGUAUACCGGCCAGGUGCGUUGCCUCGGCAGCUGCUUGAUGAAAAUGGUGACCGCGAAGGUGGUCAAGGAGACGAGCGGUGGCGGCAAGCCUUGCUCUGUGCCAUGGAUCGCGGCUAACGGCUACAGCCCCGGUACACGCUCGUGUCGUUCGUUGAAGGAACUGGAACGAUCGGCGGGCGGUUCGGAACGCGGCGUCAAGGAGCGGGACUUCAUCCUCUGGACGGACAGCUGCCCCUGCACCGCCAGCUGCCGGCAGGACCGGUACCACAUUGAGCAGCACGAGAAGUGGCACGUGGAGGAGACGAGCGUGUACCUGAAGUACCCGGGCGCUCGCGCCAUCACCGUUGGCGGCGUCGACUUGUGGAUCUCCGACGUCGAGGAGAGCGUCACCGAGCGCGAGGCGUACUCGUUCGACACGUUCAUCGCCGAGGUGGGCGGCAACCUCGGCCUGAUGCUCGGUGGCUCGCUGCUGACCUUCGUCGAGAUCCUGGACUGCGUGGUGGCCAGCUGCGUGUCGCGGCAGCGGAAGCGCGCCGAGCAGCGCGGCUAA